CAUCCCACACAGAACCGCUGGGGAGAGAGAGGCACAUCCCACACAGAACCGCUGGGGAGAUGCAAAAAAGAAUAAAUGACAGAGAAAGACAAAGGGAGACAGACAAAGAUGGAGAGAAGCCGAAGGCAGGACCUAUAGCCCAUUCCUUGCUUCCUAGGACCAGACGAGAAGGUGAGUACCGGCCAAGCUUCAGGAACAGCGAGGACAAAGCCAGAGAUGAACUGAAAGGGAUGAGAGCAUCCGGGACUUGAGAACAGACUUUCGCUUUCACUUACUCUGUGCUUAGCAGCAACACAGAUGCUAACAGAAGCAAAAUGCAGCCCAGGUCCUGGUGCUGGAUGUAUCUGGCCUGUUUGGGAGAUCCACCCCCCACAUCCAGGAAAGGCUGCUAACAGGCAAAGACAAAAGGAGAGAAUUUGUGAGGUAUUUAUACACGGUAUGAAGAUACAGUGCUGCCAUCGGUUAAAUAAAGAGUGAACAGUCAAUAGCUAGGCAGGAGGCAUAGGCGGAACUCCCGGGCAGAGAGAGGAAACAGGAGAUGAAUCAAGGCACAGAGGAGAUGCCAAUGAGACAUGGAAGACAUACAGCAUGAAAGAAAGGAAGCACCAUCCCUCCGAGGUCUCUGCUGUACUUCCUUGGCUGUGAAGUGAGUUCCUUGGUCAGAACUAAUGCUGUGUGGAAUAGCAAGCAGGCCUGUCUUCAAGUUCCCUCUUGAGUUCCUACUCCGACUUUCCCCUUCUUCAAGGAUGGAUUGUGUAACCUGUAAGCUGAAAUAAACCCUGUCCUUCCCCAAGUUGCUAUUCAUCAGAGUGUUGUGUGGAAGCAACAGACAGCAAACGAGAACACCGUGUGGUUCAUCCUGCCCUCUCCUGGAAGGCCUUUGCCUCCCACAUCCCUUCUCAAAGCAAACCCCGAGAUGGGCCCCAUGUUCUUCCUCUUCCAGGAGGCCUUUGGAGAGGAGUUGACACCCCUCCCAGCCCCCACCCAGCCUAAAUGUCACAGGAAAUGUCCCUGGGAUGGGCUGUUAGGUUGUGACUUCAUCAGAGGCCAUCGGAGCACAAUUUUGCUCCAUCUACGCUUUGUUUCACCACGCCCAGAGUUUGCCUGUUCCCAGGAGCCCCAUCCACUGUCUGUCUGAGUAUACAAACCCUGAAAACAGACACAAGGGGCUGUGGAGGGAAUCAGGGAGAGGCAGGCCAAUUUGCCUAGAGGUGCUUUGGUCUGGCAGGACACAGAUUGACUCACCCUACAAAGGAGGGAGUGGCAAUCACCUGGCAAGAGGUGUCUUUAGAGAAAGCCGGCCUCUACCUUUAGUCUCCAUUACGCCUUGGAAAAUAGGCUUGGAGGCUGCAGGCAGCCUUUUCUUUUGUCCACUGUGGGCCUAAGAAGAAGAGAGACACACCCUCCUGUGGCCCCCAGGCCCAUCACUGAGCGGCCAGGCCUGUGUCCCACCCACAGAUCUACACAAGCAGCUGCAGUCAUGGAUAGGUUCCGAAUGCUCUUCCAGAACCUUCAGUCCAGCUCGGAGUCAGUGAUGAACGGCAUUUGCCUUCUGCUGGCUGCCGUCACAGUCAAGAUGUACUCGUCCUUCGACUUCAACUGCCCCUGCCUAGCACGCUACAAUGCCCUCUAUGGCCUGGGCCUGCUGCUCACACCCCCUCUGGCCCUCUUCCUCUGUGGUCUCUUGGUCAACAGACAGUCUGUGGUGAUGGUGGAGGAAUGGCGCCGGCCAGCAGGACACCGGAAGAAGGACCUGGGCAUCAUCAGGUACAUGUGUUCCUCCGUGCUGCAGCGAGCCCUAGCAGCACCCAUGGUCUGGAUCCUUCUGGCCCUCCUUGACGGGAAGUGUUUUGUGUGUGCCUUCAGCAACUCCGUUGACCCCGAGAAGUUUCUGGAUUUUGCCAACAUGACCCCCAGUCAGGUACAGCUCUUCCUAGCCAAGGUGCCCUGCAAGGAGGAUGAGAUGGUUAAAGACAGCCCCGCACGCAAGGCUGUGUCUCGAUACCUGCGGUGCCUGUCACAGGCCAUCGGCUGGAGUAUUACCUUACUGCUGAUAGUGGUGGCCUUCCUAGCCCGCUGCCUGAGGCCCUGCUUCGAUCAGACAGUCUUCCUACAGCGCAGAUACUGGAGCAAUUAUGUGGACUUGGAGCAGAAGCUCUUCGAUGAGACGUGCUGUGAGCAUGCGCGGGACUUCGCACACCGCUGUGUACUGCACUUCUUUGCGAGCAUGCAAAGCGAGCUGCGCGCUCUGGGGCUACAUCGCGGUGGAAUCCCCGAGUCACAGGAGCUCCCAGAGCCCCCAGAGGACCUGGAUGGUGGAAGCGGGAAGGCCCACCUGCGUGCGAUCUCCAGCCGAGAGCAGGUGGAUCACCUCCUAAGUACCUGGUACUCCAGCAAGCCGCCGCUUGACCUUGCAGCAUCCCCCAAGCUCUGGAGGCCUGGCCUCAACCACCGCGCCUCUAUAGCUGCUCCAGGUACCAAGCUGUGCCACCAGGUCGAUGUGUAGGACCCUUGCUCGGCUCCAGCAACAGCAGCAGUUUUCCCAGGUCAAAUGGCCAUGUUGACAUGGAUCUGCAAGCCAGUCUCCCUUGUUGACCUCUUUCCCUGAUAGCCCAGUGUCUGCCUAGUUUCUGGGUAUGUCCUCCUCUGUGGAUACCAAUCCCUCUGAGCCCGAUCAAGUUCAGAUUCUGAUUCAGCGCUCCUAGGACUGAGUCCCUGAAUCCAUCCAUCCAUCCAUCCAUCCAUCCAUCCAUCCAUCCAUCUAUCCACCCUUCCUCCUUCCUUCCUUCCUUCCUUCCAUCCUUUUUUCUUUCCUCCAUUCCUUCCGUCCUUCCUCUCUCUUUCCCUCCCUUUCUCACCUCUCCUUUCCUUCUAUCCUUGCCCCCCCACACACACACACCUUUUGAGGAAGAGACACACUUUAGCUGUCUAGGGGAAGGCCUUGAACUCCAGGCCUGGACUGCAUGAGUAGUCUCCUGCCUUGGGCUCCCUUGUUGUUAGGGUUACAGGUGUGAGCCAUCUUUCCUGACUCUCAUCUCUAACAAGCCCCAACACAAUACUGGGUCUUCUGGUCAGUGGACCAAACUUUGAGUAGUCACAGUCUGAAUAAAUCUGUUGUGGAUAUGGCUCACAGACACUGAUAACCAGUUUAAAAAAAUGGUGACAAUAGUGUCACAUGCCUGAUAUUUAUUCAUUUGACCUUCAUGUAACCUGGUGAAGAAGGUGUGAUUAUUAGCAUCCACCUUUAAAUUUAAAUUACACUUA